CGCGGGGCGGAGGGCGCCCGAGGGCGAGCGGGCAGGCGGGCACGGCGGGUUCCGGGCCAGCCCCCGGGGCGGACGGUUGGCCAGGCGCGCGGAGCCUCGCCGGGGCCUUGCCGGAGCCGGGCCGGGCAGCAGGGGCCGCCGCUGCCGCUGCCGCCGCCGCCGUCGCCGCCCGGGCCCGCCGCCCGCGCCCCCCACGCUGGCCCAGAGGGCUGCGGCCGCGUCGCCGCUGAGGAUGUCCCGGAAGGGGCCGCGAGCGGAGGUGUGUGCGGACUGCAGCGCCCCGGACCCUGGCUGGGCAUCCAUCAGCAGGGGUGUGCUGGUGUGUGACGAGUGCUGCAGUGUGCACCGGAGCCUGGGACGCCACAUCUCCAUUGUCAAGCACCUUCGCCACAGCGCCUGGCCUCCCACACUGCUGCAGAUGGUGCACACGCUCGCCAGCAACGGGGCCAACUCCAUCUGGGAGCACUCCCUGCUGGACCCCGCACAAGUGCAGAGCGGCCGGCGCAAAGCCAACCCGCAAGACAAAGUCCACCCCAUCAAGUCCGAGUUCAUCAGGGCCAAGUACCAGAUGCUGGCGUUUGUGCACAAGCUUCCCUGCCGGGACGAUGAUGGGGUCACCGCCAAAGACCUCAGCAAGCAACUGCACUCAAGCGUGCGGACCGGCAACCUGGAGACAUGUCUGCGCCUGCUGUCCUUGGGCGCCCAGGCCAACUUCUUCCACCCAGAGAAGGGCACCACACCCCUGCACGUGGCUGCCAAGGCAGGGCAGACGCUGCAGGCAGAGCUGCUGGUCGUGUACGGGGCUGACCCUGGCUCCCCCGACGUUAAUGGCCGCACACCCAUCGACUAUGCCAGGCAGGCCGGGCACCAUGAACUGGCGGAAAGGCUAGUCGAGUGCCAGUAUGAGCUCACUGACCGGCUGGCCUUCUACCUCUGUGGACGUAAGCCGGAUCACAAGAAUGGGCAUUACAUCAUCCCACAGAUGGCUGACAGGUCUCGGCAAAAGUGCAUGUCUCAGAGCCUGGACCUGUCUGAGUUGGCAAAAGCUGCAAAGAAGAAGCUGCAGGCGCUCAGCAACCGGCUUUUUGAAGAGCUUGCCAUGGACGUGUAUGACGAGGUAGACCGGAGAGAGAAUGACGCGGUGUGGCUGGCCACCCAGAACCACAGCACACUGGUGACGGAGCGCAGCGCCGUGCCCUUCCUGCCGGUUAACCCGGAGUACUCGGCUACCCGGAAUCAGGGGCGACAGAAGUUGGCCCGCUUCAACGCCCGCGAGUUUGCCACCUUGAUCAUCGACAUUCUCAGCGAGGCCAAGCGGAGGCAGCAGGGAAAGAGCCUGAGCAGCCCGACAGACCACCUCGAGCUGUCUGCACGGAGCCAGAGCGACCUGGACGACCAGCACGACUACGACAGCGUAGCCUCUGACGAGGACACGGACCAGGAGCCCCUGCGCAGUGCCGGCGCCACCCGGAACAACCGCGCCCGGAGCAUGGACUCCUCGGACCUGUCGGACGGGGCGGUGACGCUGCAGGAGUACCUGGAGCUGAAGAAGGCCCUGGCCACCUCGGAGGCCAAAGUGCAGCAACUCAUGAAGGUCAACAGCAGCCUGAGCGACGAGCUCCGGCGGCUACAGAGGGAGAUCCACAAGCUGCAGGCAGAGAACCUGCAGCUGCGGCAGCCCCCGGGGCCGGCGCCCACACCCCCGCUCCCCAGUGAGCGGGCGGAACACACCCCCAUGGGGCCCGGCGGGAGCACCCACCGCAGGGACCGCCAGGCCUUCUCCAUGUACGAGCCGGGCUCUGCCCUGAAGCCCUUCGGCGGCGGCGCGCCUGCGGACGAGCUCAGCACGCGGCUGCAGCCGUUCCACAGCUCCGAGCUCGAGGACGACACCAUGUACUCGGUGCAUGUCCCUGCUGGCCUGUACCGGAUCCGGAAGGGGGUGUCUGCCUCAGCCGUGCCCUUCACGCCCUCCUCCCCGCUUCUGUCCAGCUCCCAGGAAGGAAGCCGCCACGCGAGCAAGCUCUCGCGCCACGGCAGCGGUGCUGACAGCGACUAUGAGAACACACAGAGCGGGGACCCACUGCUGGGGCUGGAAGGGAAGCGGUUUCUGGAGCUAGGCAAAGAGGAGGACUUGCACCCGGAGUUGGAGAGCCUGGACGGGGACCUGGACCCCGGGCUGCCCAGCACGGAGGACGUCAUUCUGAAGACAGAGCAGGUCACCAAGAACAUCCAGGAGCUGCUGCGGGCGGCCCAGGAGUUCAAGCAUGACAGCUUUGUGCCCUGCUCAGAGAAGAUCCAUCUGGCUGUGACCGAGAUGGCCUCUCUCUUCCCAAAGAGGCCAGCCCUGGAGCCGGUGCGCAGCUCCCUCCGGCUGCUCAACGCCAGCGCCUACCGGCUGCAGAGUGAGUGCCGGAAGACGGUGCCGCCGGAGCCUGGCGCCCCCGUGGACUUCCAGCUGCUGACUCAGCAGGUGAUCCAGUGCGCCUACGACAUUGCCAAGGCUGCCAAGCAGCUGGUCACCAUCACCACCCGAGAGAAGAAGCAGUGACCACUCUCCCUACACCCUUACCUGCACCCUGGGACCUCACUGGCCACGGGAGCUGGGCCACUCCAGACACUAAUCCCCACCCCACAGAGCCACUGGCACAAGUGCCCUUAGUGCUGCCGCCCUCCUCUGGCAGCCAGGCGCCCUGGUGCCCACCCUUUCAAGCCCCCAAGGAUGGGGAGGUGGGGUGGCAGGACCUUCUGUCCCCCACAUUCCAUGUACCUCCCUCCCUGUACAUAGCGCCCCUCCCUCCUAGCGUGCAGGGGCCUGCAAGGCGUCAUUCCCAGCACCCUCAGCCUCGGGUCAGGGAGACACUCCCAGUGGGGCCGCUCCCCUUGCGUCACCCCACCCCCAUGAGCCAGUUCAGCCCUACUGGGGGCUGAGUGGGGGCAUCCCCCCCUGUACAUACUCUCUGUGGAUGUCCCUGCCCCGCAGCCACCAGCCCCCUUGCUGCUCUCCUCUCAUGCCAAACGGCCCCUCCCGAGGGCACAGGCCCCAGCCUGCGUGCUGGGGGCCUCAGCAGCAAACACUGGAAAAUCUCUCCUCUCCUCUCCCUACUCCUUAACUUUAACUUUGUGGUAACUGAGUGUCCCUGCGUGCCUGCGUGUGAGUGUGCGGGCGGCAGUGCCGUCCCGGAGGCCUGGUCCACCUGGAGCUUGGAGGGACAAGGGGACCAGAGUGGGGGAACCAGCAUUGGGGGACAGCCUCCCUCCCCCCAGCCUGGGGCCAGAGACUGCAGGCUCACCAGCUGUGGUCCUGCCCUAUGUCCCUCGUCAUCGCUACCCCCACUGCACCCCUUCUCCAUGAACUUCAAACAAGAAAACCACUUCUCUCCCUCCCUCCUCCUCUCCCUCCCCUGUGGAGGGGAAGGUGUGCUGGCUGGAGCGGAGGACAGAGCACCUGAGCCUGGGGCUGGCUCCCCGGGGUCCCCGACUCAGCUGGUGGCUGCGGAGCUGACGGUCCCCUCCCCUUAACCUCGUGGAGGCCAGCACCACCAUCACUACCUGCACCUGCUGUGGUCCCACCCUCCAGGGGCCUGGGCACCCCCCACCCCCAGCUGCAGGCCAGGCACGCUGGAGAGGCCUACGCCAGCACCCACCACCAGCUCUCGUCCCUGUCCUGCCUCUUCCCUGGGGGGCCAGGCCCUGCCUGCGUGGUGGUGGGCUGACUGUCAAGACGUGUGUCAUGUACAUUUGUAUCAAAAAUAAAUAAGUGGCCAUGU